AUGCACUUUAGCAACCUCCUCUGGUGUCUUGCUAUGCUCCUCUUGGGCAAUGGAGUUUUAUCCCACCCCUACCAUGGCGGAUUGCGGGAUAUAGUACACAAGAGAAGCUACCUCUUCGCCAGUCGACAGCCGUUCUCCAACACCAGGAGACAAGCAAGCGCCACACAACCUCACCUAAUGCUACCAGACCCAGCCAAGCCCAAGGCGUCCGCACCCAACUCUACGUCCUCGGCCCUAUCGUCUGCCUCAUCCACUGUAGCGCAUACCCAGUACAUUAUACUCGCAGCACAGGACGCUACUGGGGAACAAAUCCAGUACAUUAAGAAUAUCCUUUUAAUAAACACUUCGCCAGAGUCUCUAGAGGAAGUUACUAGCAAACGCACCGGCUUAGUCGCUUUCUUUGUAGCAGCUAUGAGCUCCUCCCAAGCCGAUGCCAUAGCAAAGCUCCCUGGUGUCGGCAGCGUGGCACCUGAUGUGAGGCUUAAGGAAGACCAGCCUCUAUCGUUAGCGCCGCUGCCUUUGACGUCUCGCCAAGCACCAACCAAGGGCUCGCACGGCCCGCCACAGACGACCCUCCAGGACCCGGCCGUCAUCCGCCUUCAGCCUGGCGCCGCUGAAGAACUCAAGGUCAUCUCACAGCCCCCCGGCUCGUGGCGAGAUGAGCUCCCUGGGUUUGGAUACGCCUCUGAGGCAGGCAAAGGCGUAACGAUCUAUGUGAUAGACAGUGGCGCCAACUCUAAGCAUCCGGAAUGGACUAGUAUGACAGGGAGUAAGGACUUUAUGUACGUUGACGGCGCUGUGCAGGAGGAAACAGACUACAGAAACCACGGCUCCUGCAUAGCUUCUAAGGCGACAGGCCUAAAGUACGGUACUGCCAAGGAAGCCAACAUAGUUAUGGUCAAACUGCCUGAAGAGUGGUCAUUAUUGGCUAUUACUAAGGCGCUUGUAAUGAUCAGCAAUGACGUUACCCAGAAGGGCAUUAGGGGAAAAGCUGUAAUUAAUAUGUCUUUUCGGAGUUUAUUGGAUAAAUCCGAUAUUUCAACCUUUAAACAAGUUAUUGUCGAUCGUUUAGCUGAAGACAUUAUUAUUGUAACAUCGUCAGGCAAUAAAAAGACAGUAAGCCCUAAAGUUCUUUAUAACACUAUCUUCCUACACUUUAACGAACCCCAAGCUAACAAAUUCAAGGGGUCAAGAUUAGACAAGGUGUCAGACUACCCAGCCCUCUUUGGCAAGACAACAGACAUCAUUGUUGUUGGCGCUGUUGACAACGUCGGCAUCCGCGCCACAAAUUCUCUGGGCACCGGCAAGGAGCUAACCACAUCAGCCCCAGGCCGCGGCAAAUGCGCCUCAGGAGAUUCUAGCGGCUCGAAACAGAGCUCUGGCACUUCCUUUGCCGCCGCUUCUGUUGCAGGCGUUAUCGCCGUCUGGCUCUCCCAGGACGAAUACCGUACCCGGCUCCAGGUUUCCGGCAAGGUCGCCACCAACGUCAAGGCCAUGGUUAAGUCCCUCUCAUACCCGCGCAUCAGGCGUGGGCCGCCCGUGAUCUGGAACGGCGUCGACCCGCGCCGCUUCGCCCGGCCCCCCAAACCCCAAUGGAGCAAGAAGCCACAGGGCUUCCAGCGCGUCUACGAACGGGACAAUGUUGAGAGCGGCAUCUACGUCGCUACCUCAAACAGCGCGAGCGAGGGCGUUACAGACAACAUUGAGCAGUGGUGCCUGGACAAAUGUAUAGGUGAGUCUACCCCGCCUGUCCACCCACCCCCCACAAUGUGA